AUGGAUCACGAACUAGCCGAUCUAGGCUCCGAUGGCGAGGACACAGCCGCUUUUUUAUCCAAAUCGCCUCAUGCCGAUCCCACUACUGAUAAGACUCUGCAAGAUCAUCGCAAGUUCACUGGGUUCCCAGAAACCGACAACGACCCAUUUGAAGAGUCAUUUGAGCUUUCUGGAGAUAACCUGCGUUCCGUGAGUCCCCCAACGGACUUUGAAAUAUCAGAUGCAGACGACUUAGAUGAGGAAUGGCUCUCCUAUAUCGGUAGCCUUCCUAUAUGGGCAGCUCCACUAGGUCGGAUCGCUUGUGUGUUGUUCUUUGUUGGAAUCGCCAUGACCAUAUCGGCGCCUUCAAUGGAGGUGAUUUACUACAAGCUAGCCUGCCAGGCUCUCAUCAAAGAUGGAGAUGCUUCAGAGGAAAAGCAGUGUGAUUCUGUCCAUACCCAGGAAAUCGUAUCCACCUACCUCAUGUGGAGCCAUGUGAUCAGCUCAAUCGUCUCUUUGGCUACAGGGGCGUACAUAAGUACCCUCUCCGAUACGUACGGAAGAAAACCGUUCCUUGCAUUUUUCGUCAUUAUGCUGUGCAUCAGCUCAUACGCCAAUUACUUCCUCGUCACCACCACAGAUGGGUUCCCCAUGGUUUUUAUGUGGAUUGUGACCGCCAUAACGUCCUGUUCCGGUGGUGUGGUGGCGUUGCUGGCACUUUUCAGAGCGUACAUCACCGAUGUUACUCGUCCUACUAACCGAGUCAUCGGAAUGAGUUGCACGCUUGUUGCAUUAUCCUUGGGCCAAAUCGUCGGGCCUCUGUUAUCGUCCUAUGCAUUAUCCAGAGCUGACGAAACCAGUGGCUCAGCUGACACAAACUCAGAGUCGACUAGCCUCAUUCCCUCCAGAGAACUCAUACCCCUCAAGCUCUCUUUGGUGGUGCUCACGUUGGCUCUGGUAUUUUCCAUUUUCUUUUUGCCUGAGCUGAGAUCUCGCAAAUCGAUGAUGAAGUCAAGGUCAAUGACCGAUGCUUUACAGAUCAACAAACCCAAGGUGGCUUCAAUCAAAUCCAGGGUAUUGGAAGUGGUCAAGACUUACUUCAGACCCCUUAGAAUGCUUACGUUUCCCCCUGAGCUCAAAACGGUGGACAAUGCUGAUAGAUUUUCUCAGAUAAGAAAGUGUAUCAUCUGCCUUUCGUUGGGGGAGAUUUUGAUGUCGGUGUUCAUGAUGCUGACAAUGCUCAUUGAACUACAAUAUUGCAUUUUCAAGUACAAGUGGGAUUCCAUCACCAUCUCCAACUACCAGGUCGCUAAAUCUGUGGUGAACAUUGCAGGUGUGGGAGCGUUGUUGCCACUUCUUUACAAGUUUGCCCUUCCCAAGAUCAAGCGCCUCACACCAAAGGCAGAUACCUUUGAUUCUUUGGACUUUCUGUUGAUGUAUGCGUGCUUGAUCGCCAUGUCUUUUGCCCAGCUAGGCGUUGCAUUCUCCCCAAGUGGUACCUCAUUUGUGGUGUUCUCGAUCAUCAGCACCUUGGGCGCCAUCUCUGGUCCCGUUGCAGCAUCCGUUCCUUCAAAAUUUUUCCCUUCAGCCAAAGUAGGUGAAUUUUAUGGUGCAGUUUCAUUGGCCCUGGGAAUCUUCAAUCUUCUUACACCUAUGGUUGGAACAGCGUUAUAUAAGAGCGGCAUUAGGCAUGGGUUUCCAGGAAUGCCAUUUGUCUUCGCUGCUUUACUUGCAUUUAUGGCUUCAAAAUGCUCUCUAAUAGCUAGGUGGGCUGUCAGAGACUAUCAGGGCAAAGUCACAUUGGUUUGA